CAGUAGUCGUGCUGUGAAAGGCAUCGAUACUAAACUGCAAAGCUUCGGGCGUCUUGUUGAUUGAUCUUGGUCGCUCGCUGUGCGAGCGCUUUCUCGCCGGUUCGCCGUGUUAACAGAUUGGACAACGUCCACAGGUGUAGAGCUGGCGCUGGGGAGACUAUUAUUCGGGAUUAUUCCUAACUCCACAAGUACAGUAGCGCCUGUCUACCUGAGGAAUCGCGCAAUGAGCUGAUCUGAAGAAGAGCGGAGUAUUGCGUGUAUGAUUUCGAGGAAAUGAUAAACGAAGCCACGCGCAAAACAGGUCGAAAAUGUAGUCACUACUUCUUCUAGUUGCGGCACUUCGGAGGACGCGCUUCUGUUCAUUUCAAAUGGAUUCUAAUUUAGCGGGCUCCCAUAAAAUAUAUAUGAAAAUCCUAAAGGAUGUGGACCAAAGCAGGUACUAGAAAGCUUGUCAAGACUGAUGGGAAUGGAUGGAGCAAAGUACUGGCAAGUCUCAGAGGAAAACUUGCUUCAGGCCUAAAGGAGCACCGAAUUCAGAGGACAAAGAAGAAAAUGCCACUCCGAAUAUUUACAGCUUUGAUCAAGGGGAACAGUUUGACAUUUUAAUGGAAAAGGAAAGACUUCUGCUGGAGCACUCUGGAACAAUGAAUGUCACAAACUUCACCUCGGAACCUAGUGUGCUUAUAAAAUACAAAUCAUUUACGGAAAAGAUGCUAAUUUCAUUUCCCCUGGGGGUCAUAACACUCCUUACUACACUGUUGAACUGCGCUGUCAUCGUAGCCAUUUGCACAACAAAGAAAUUGCAUCAGCCUGCCAACUAUCUUAUUUGUUCAUUGGCUGUGACAGACUUUCUGGUUGCAAUUUUGGUGAUGCCCUUGAGUAUUAUUUACAUCACCAUGGAAACAUGGUCGCUUGGUUACAUAAUCUGCGAGGCCUGGCUAAGCCUGGACAUGACGUGCUGCACCUGCUCGAUCCUUCACCUGUGCGUGAUAGCACUAGACAGGUACUGGGCGAUCACAAACGCCAUUGAAUAUGCACAGAAACGAACAGCAAAAAGAGCAGCAAUCAUGAUAAUGACGGUCUGGGCCAUUUCUGUGUUAAUCUCUAUGCCUCCCUUGUUUUGGAGGCACAGCUACAGCACCAACAAUCUCACCCAAUGUACUAUUGAGCACGACCACAUCCUGUACACCGUUUACUCAACGUUUGGGGCUUUUUACAUCCCACUGACGCUGAUCUUAAUUCUGUACUACAGGAUUUACCACGCAGCCAAAACCCUCUACCAGAAACGAGGCUCCAGCCGACACCUGAGCAACAGGAGCAACGACAGUCAAAACUCCACUGCCCACUGCAGGCUAACUCAGACAUUCUGCGUGUCAGACUUCUCCAUGUCUGACCCCACGAUGGAGUUCGAUAAGCUGAACGCUACGAUUCGCGUCCCGCCCUUUGUGGCCGAGAUGGACGAGACCAGCGAGAAGAACCAGAUAUCCUCGUCGCGGGAGAGGAAAGCCGCCCGCAUCCUGGGCCUCAUACUCGGGGCCUUCGUCAUCUGCUGGUUGCCCUUCUUCAUCAAGGAACUGUUGGUUGGGCUCCGCUUCGUUGACCCUUCGGCUGAAAUAUCAGACUUCCUGACCUGGCUGGGCUACGUGAAUUCACUCAUCAAUCCUUUGCUCUAUACCAGCUUUAAUGAGGAUUUCAAGUUUGCUUUUAAAAAACUAGUCAGGUGCAAAUAGCCCUCCAAAUCGUUUGGCAUUAAGGGAGAGCAAUUCUGGAAUAAUGUGGUGGAUUAUGGACCAUCCUGGAAUAGUAUGUACAAUGGCGUUUUCAUUUUUUUUUUAAAUACAACUAAAAUGUUACAAAUGGACAUAUAUUUAAAAGAAGUGAGGAAGACUGAAGAAGAAGGCUCCAAAGCCAAAUGACUGUUUUUCUUACGGUUCAGCGUGGAAUUGGCAUCUGUUCGUUCCAUAUAUAAAUAAAGCCACAUCUAACCCAUUAUCCGUAAUCUCCCAUUGCUUUAUUUUCUAUUUCCCCAUUUAUGCA